UGUCGAGCACCUCUGGCUCCAGUCUUCAUCAUUGGCACCCAUCGCGACCUCUGUCCGGAAACGCCGUCCACGGCCGAGGAGGUGGAAAAAUUCUGGUCCGUAGCAGAACUCAACGAAAUAGUAUUUCGACGCUACUUUCGUUUCACCGACCCUGCUGCCAUGGGCCUGCCCUCCUGCCUUCAAGGUCACGUGAUUGUUGACUGCAAAAGCGGUGGCUCCGCUGCGCAAAGCGCGUUCUCACACCUGGCCACUCUCAUCCACCGAGCAGCCAAUCAGAUGCGUCUGUCUUCUAGAACGACUUCGGGCUUCUUGCCGCACGUAAAAAGCGUCACCAGCGCUGGUGCCGUCUCCUCCCCGCGCUUUCUCGGUCUCCUCAUCCCAAGCUUCUAUCAUGACCUCGAGGAGGCUUGUCGUCUAUUGGCUGCUGACCUUCGUGCCGCCAACAUUCCACCAAUCAUCUCUCUUGAGGAUUUUAUGUAA